AAUACUCUAUGAAUUAUUUCUUUUUCGUGCGUGCGUGUGUGUAAACAAACAGAUAUGGAAAAAUUAACACAUUUAUGGAACGUGAAUCAAUUUAUUACAAAAUUAAAUUGUUCACAAAGUAGAAAUUUGCAAACGUUUUACAUAGAAAGAUGUAGGCAAUUUAGUCGUGGAAUACAACUAUCAUCUCAAAAUUUUGGUCCUUCUGUGAUGUGCCCAUAUUGUGGAUCACUUUGGAAUACUAUAGAUCAUAGCAUUAGAUUAUCACAAGGUAAACCACUAUCUAAAUCCAUAAAAAAAAUUGUACACUCUAUGAAUAAUGGUAAGAAAAGAAUACCUGAAGUUAGAAGAAGUUUAGCAGAAAAAUGUUUAAAAAAUAAAAUGAACAAGUUGGUACUUAAAUGCUCAGUUUGUUCAAAAAGUACAAGAAUAUCUUUUAAUAAACCACAAAGGGAAAAAGUACAAAAGAUUAGGACAGAAAGUAUUGAAAGAUCAAAGAAACGGAAAAAGAAGAGGACCAAGGAUAGAACAGCUGGCUUAAAUGUUUCUGGAAUUUCAAAUUUGAAUGAGAAAAAUGUUCAAACCGAGGAAUUGAAAAAAACCAACAUAAAAAAAGUUGGAAGCACUGCAAAUUUUAUUACACCAACUCAGAAAAUAAAAACCAUUAAUAUAGAUCGAUUAAAAAACAUAAUAAAUCAAGGUGCAACACCUCCAAAAAGGAAGAGUUUACAUAGUUUUUUAACAGAGCUUUGUUGAAAAUUAGUUUAUUUUUAAAGUGUUUUAUAAAAUUUUCUAUAAACACAAAUUCACGUUUAUUACAUAAAAAACAUCUGUCACCCUUUUAUACAUAAAGCAAAAAAAGAAGACAGCGAGAAGAAUAAAAAAAUUGAUAUUUUAGUUUUCAAGUUCUAUACUAAAAGACUGAUUACUUUUGUACAUUAAAUACUAAACAAUUUUCAAUCUUUGUUUACUUUAAUCGUCAAUAAUUGUUCUCUACAUCACUGUCCAUAUGAUAAAAUAAAUACACUAUACAUGAUGUAUCAGAAGCGCAACUCA